AUGCCAAAAGCAGUUUCGAUAUCAAAGGUCGAUGGCAAGCCGGGACAGGUGUACUACCCUCUGUCCCUGGACGAGGUGCCGAAGCCUUCGCCAAAAGCAAAGGAGGUGGUAAUCAAGAUCCAUGCCGCUGCAUUGAACCACCGCGACCUAUUCAUCCGACAGCAUCUCUAUCCAGGUACGGCUUUUGGCGUCCCCCUUCUGGCCGAUGGCUGCGGGACCGUCAUCGCUAUGGGCAGUGAUGUCGAUCCCAAAUGGAAGGGCAAGAGAGUCGUCGUGAACCCUGGCACGGGGUGGAAAGAUAGCCUGGAAGGUCCAGAGGAUAAGGGUGGUUACAAGAUCCUGGGAGGAACGAAGACCAACCCGAACGGCACGCUUCAGGAGUACAUGUGCGUUGACGAGGGGGAACUCGAAGAAGCACCUGAGCACCUUUCUUCCAUCGAAGCUGCCGCAUUUGUCCUCACCGGCCUUACAGCAUGGCGGGCGGUGAUGGUUAAGUGCGGCGAACGCAAUCUCGGGCCGGGCAAGAACAUUCUGGUCACCGGGAUUGGUGGUGGUGUGGCUCUGUUCGCCCUGGAGUUUGCCAAAGCGACGGGCGCCAAUGUUUUCGUCACAAGCGGAAGCGCGGAGAAGAUCGAAAAGGCCAUCGCACUGGGUGCAAAGGGCGGAGUCAACUACAAGGAGGAAGGUUGGGACAAGAAACUACUGUCCAGCUUGCCGGCGGAGAACAAGCAACUCGAUGCCAUUGUCGAUGGUGCUGGCGGCGACGUAGUCUCAGUCGGCGCCAAGCUGCUCAAGCCAGGUGGCAUAAUCUCGAUCUACGGCAUGACCAUAUCACCCAAAAUGCCCUUCUUGAUGCAGGCUGUGUUGAAGAACAUCGAGGUCAAGGGCUCAACAAUGGGCUCACGGAAGGAGUUCAGAGACAUGGUAAACUUCAUCAAGACCAAGCAGGUCAAGCCAGUGGUAUCGCGUGUCGUCCAAGGUUUCGACCUGGAUGCUAUCAACAGUUUGUUCGAAGACAUGAAGAAAGGCAGCCAGUUUGGCAAGCUAGUGGUUGAGGUCUCGAAAGAAGGCGCUGAAAGCAAGCUGUGA